CCCCCAAUAAUCUACAUAUACAUACCCAAAAAAAAAAAAAAAAACAUAUAUAUACAUGGAUGACUCUCAAAAUCCUACCAAGUCCAACCAAAUAAACCAACCUCCCCAUCAACCUAGUGAAAGUACUAAAAUACCCCUCUUCCCUAUACCUCCUCCACCACCAACGCCGCCAACGCCACCACCGGAGACACAUAUUCAAACAAUAAACACACCUAGUCCAUUAUCAAACAUUUCAAAAUUAGAAAAUGCAAAUUCUACUCAAAAAAUGGUUCAACUACCAAAUAUUAUCCCUAUGAGUUCCACCUCAUCGGGCGGCUCAGAUUCUCCAGGCCGCCCGAUAGGUGGAAAACAUACGGUAUUUCGCGGAAUUCGAUGUAGAAGCGGAAAAUGGGUGUCCGAAAUUCGAGAGCCACGUAAGACUACGAGAAUAUGGUUAGGUACUUAUCCUACACCCGAAAUGGCUGCUGCUGCAUACGACGUCGCUGCAAGGGCUCUAAAGGGAAACGACGCCGUAAUAAACUUUCCCGGUAAUAUUAAUUUGUAUCCUUCACUUCCUCCUUCGCCAGCAGCGGCGGAUAUACGAAAAGCUGCCGCCACAGCGGCGGCCCUGAUGAAGAUAGAAACCGGAGAAACCACAUCCGGAACUCAACCAGGUACGGAUGAUCAAUCAUCGAGGACGGGGAGUGUGCAUAUGAUGGAAACUAGGGAUCAUGAAUACAUUGAUGAAGAGGCAUUAUUUGAUAUGCCUAAUUUGCUAGUUGACAUGGCGGAGGCAAUGAUGGUGAGCCCGCCGAGAAUGAACUCGCCGCGGUCCGAUGAUUCACCAGGAAAUUCUGAUGCAGAAAGUCUAUGGAGCUAUUAAAAAAAAUUAAUCCAUGGAAUUUAAUUUCUUUCUUACAACUCAUUUGAGAUCUCACAUACAUAGAGAGGCAUGGUAUACAAUAUGUAUCUUGAGGAUUUUUCAAUGUGAAAAAGGGAAUUAUUUUGGAUGAGAUAAAGUUUGGUAAAAAUUAAGAAGGGUUAAUCUAGGGUUUUUGUUUGUGAGCAAAUGGAGUAGGUUUUGGACUCCAUAUAAUUCUUUGCAUUUGAGAAAAUCUAAAGAUCGCGAGUUUUUUUUUUUUUUUGAAAUUGUCA